UCUCAAGUCUCAACCUUUCCUCUUCAGUUCCCUCAUCACAUUUGAACUUUGCUUCCUUUCCCUUCUUCCUCAUCGAUUCUUCAUCUCUUUCUCUGUUUGCAUGCUUCGCGAGUAAUGGGAAAUCUCUGUGCCCUCCUCUCGAAAGAACCUGCCAAGAAGAAGCCCACAAGGCGUCUAUCUCACGCGCCGUCGCAUUCGAAUUUCAGCAAACGAUGGGCCGGAAUGCGUUCGUCGCGUAAGGAGAAGCUUGAGCUUGAUGAUGCUCUGAUUCAUGAGCAAGCUUUGGCUGCUGCUAUCCUCUUCAAGCAGCAUCAGCAGAAUGGUACUCUGCCCUCCUUUGAUCGCUCCGCCUCUCUACGAUAUCCAAAUGCUGGCUCCAAGAAGGUUACGUUGCCACGGAGUUCGAGUUCGAGGGCUCGGUCCCUUACUGACCCUUUGCUACAGCCUCAUCAACUUGCUCAUCAGGAAAUCAAGCUUGAUGAUCUUGAGACCAAUCAUUUUGUCCUUGUCCAUGGAGGUGGCUUCGGUGCUUGGUGCUGGUACAAAACUAUAGCACUUCUAGAAGAAGGUGGUUUUAAAGUGACUGCCAUUGACUUAACUGGUUCUGGAGUUCAUUCAUAUGAUACAAACAAGAUUACAUGUCUAUCACAAUACGUGAAACCACUUACUGAUUUUCUCGAAAAUCUUGCUGAAGGAGAGAAGGUGAUCUUGGUUGGGCAUGAUAUUGGUGGGUCAUGCAUAUCAUAUGCAAUGGAGUUGUUUCCUCUUAAGAUCUCCAAAGCAGUUUUUCUUGCUGCAGCAAUUCCGACUAGUGGACAAAGUACUUUUGAUGCCAUCUCUCAACAGGCAGGAUCAAAUGAUCUCAUGCGACAGGCUCAGAUUUUUCUGUAUGCAAAUGGGAGUGAUCACCCUCCUACUUCUAUAGAUCUAGACAAGUCAUUAUUGAAAGAUUUGUUAUUCCAUCGAAGUCCAGCCAAGGAUGUUGCAUUAGCAUCUGUCUCAAUGAGGCCAAUACCAUUCGCGCCUGUUUUGGAGAAGCUUUCACUUUCUGACCCAAAAUAUGGAUCUGUAAGGCGGUUCUACAUAGAGACACCCGACGACAAUGCCAUACCGAUUACACUUCAGAAGAGCAUGAUAAAUGCAAAUUCCCCUGAAAAGGUCUUGCGCUUGAAAGGUUCUGAUCAUGCCCCUUCUUCUCAAAGCCUCAAGCCUUGCACAACUUACUGGUAGAGAUAUCACAGAUCAGGUGAGAGAACAUUUUACCCUUAUGUUGCCUCUGGAGGCCAUCACAUCAGCCAGCAAAAGCUCUUCUGAUAUUGAUGAAUGAGAAAUGCAGCAGUUAUCGUUCCUUGAUGAAGCCGCAUCAUCAGAAAGUGAAUUGUGGGUUAUAUAACUAGUGUAUGCGUGCAAGUUGCACAUUUUUUCCCCUUUUUUCCUUUAUUGAUUUUUAAGUCGGGAAAAAUUGCUAGCAAAGCCGGUUUUAGCUGGUAAUAUUUGUGACAAAUAACCCUUUUUGCCCCAAGUAUUACUGGUUAAAAGUCUUACGGUUUGUGUUUGUGGUGUAAGUUACAAGUUAUAUCUAUAGUUGAAUAAUCAAAAGCUUGUAACUCGCCCACUAAUAAGCAAAUCCCAUAGUAAAGUGUUAUGAUUAGUUAUGCAGAGGCCCUUGUAUAUGAGGACGGAGAGAUUGCUGGGAAUAGGAACGUCAAAUGUUUCUACAUUCUUUUGAUGUUCCAAAUAAUACUGCCGAUAUCGGAAUAUGUAAUUUUUGGGUUCUUUCCUUUUUGAUCUCC